AUGGCCCCGGGAGAUCGAGGGGCGAGGCGCUGGCCGUGGGCCAGGGCGCACGACGAUACGCCUCAGCCCGAUGACCUCGAAUCACCCGACCCUGGCUUUUCGCCGUCCCAGGAUCCCUUUGACGAGGCGUAUACUUCACCCCCCACCCUCCCCCAGGACGUCCGCUACAGCACCCUCUCUGCCGACACCAGCGCCAAUACCUCUCUUGGCGCGUUCACUCCUUCAGCCGAUUCCAACCGUCCCUUCAUCAAUUCUCAGCCCCAAUUCGACUCCCUUCUCAAGUCCGAGUACACAGCCGUCGACAUCCCCUCAUCUACUGACAUUAACCCUCGUCGCCGCCGUCUCCCUCUCAUCCUCCUCGCUUCCGCCGUCGCCAUCAUAGUCAUAGUCCUUGCCGUCAUCCUCCCUGUCUACUUCGAGGUCAUCAAAAAACAUCACUCAUCGUCUGCAAUCGCUCCUGCUGGUUCCAGUUCUGGUUCCACCGCUCCUGGUGCCGCGCCAACUUCAACUCCCAAGUCCUCGAACGGUGCUACUUGGGGCGGCAAUGGCUCUCUUAUCACUGCCACAGGCGGUACCACCUUCACCUACAUAAAUAAUUUUGGUGGUUACUGGGUAUAUGAUCCGCGCAAUCCAUACAACAACAGUGCACGUGCUCAGUCUUACACUCCCCCUCUGGACGAACCUUGGGACUAUGCCAACGAUCAUAUCCAAGGUGUAAAUCUCGGUGGUUGGCUCGUCCUCGAGCCUUUCAUCGUACCCGCUCUCUUUCAGAAGUAUCAAGGUGUCGUUGACGAAUGGACAUUGAGUAUCGCCAUGUCCAACGACACGAGCCCGGGCGGUGGUUUGCAGCAGAUUGAGGAUCACUAUGCUACUUUCAUCACCGAACUCGAUUUUGCGCAGAUCGCGGGUGCAGGUCUUAAUUGGAUUCGGCUUCCGUUACCCUUUUGGGCGAUAGAGACCUGGCCAGGUGAACCCUUCCUUGCGAAGGCCUGCUGGAAGUACGCGCUCCUCGCUUUCCAAUGGGCUCGCAAGUACGGGCUGCGCAUUUACCUCGACCUUCACACCGUGCCGGGCUCGCAGAACGGCUAUAAUCACAGCGGUCGCACUGGCGUUAUUAAUUUCCUGAACGGUCCAAUGGGCAUCGCAAACGCCCAACGCACAUUGGAUUACAUUCGCAUCAUCACCGAGUUCGUCACGCAAAACGAUUAUACUGAUGUCGUCCAGAUGUGGGGCGUUGUCAAUGAGCCGUUGAUAUCCGUGAUCGGCAGAGACCCCGUAUCCAGAUUUUACCUGCAAGCCCACGAUAUGAUCAGAGGAAUUACUGGUAUUGGUCAAGGCGCGUACAUAGUCAUCCAUGACGGCUUCAUGGGUACCGGGUCGUGGGCGGGAUUCUUACCAGGUUCCGAUCGCGUCGCGCUUGACACGCAUCCCUAUGUCGUGUUCGGUGUUAAUAUGGACGAGCCCAUUGACUAUUGGCCGCCAUUUGCGUGUAAUGCAUAUGACACCAACACAUCUCAGUCGGCUUUCGGUGUCACUGUCUCUGGAGAGUUCAGCUCGGCGAUAAAUGACUGUGGAUUAUGGAUCAACGGUAUUGGUGGAGAGCCAAGGUAUAACAACUGUACACCGUGGAAUGACUAUCGCACAUGGACAGAUGAAAUGAAGGCAGGUGUGAAGCAGUUUACAAUGGCCCAGAUGGACGCUAUGCAUGUCGCCGGCUAUUUCUUCUGGACGUGGAAGAUUGGCAACUCGUCAACGUCAGGAAUUCCUGAGGCUCCCAUGUGGUCGUACCAGCUGGGUUUGGAGAAUGGAUGGAUUCCGGCUGAUCCUCGAGACGCCAUUGGCAUGUGUGAAUCGCUCAACAUCGCUCAGAACCAACCGUUUACAGGUUACCAAUCCUGGCAGACAGGUGGGGCGGGUGCUGGAACGAUUGCCCCAACUGCAGUUGCAUCCUUGUCUCAGUAUCCCCCGCCUGCGAUCUCCAAUGUCAAUGGUGCAAAUCCCUUGUUACUUCCCUUCUACACUGCGACCAGCGCAGUGCCGACGCUACCAGUGCCGACAUAUUCAGGGGCGACCGCGAGCGCUAGCGAUGGAUGGGCAGACCCUGCAGAUACAUCGCUGGCAAUGGUACAGAUCUCAGGGUGUAGCUAUCCAGAUGCGUGGAGUGUCACGGCGUCGCAGACUGCCUUCGCCUGCAACAUUGCCCUUCAGGCUACACAGACCGGCAUACCACCGGCCGUCACGAGCAACUCGCGCCUUUCAUCUCUAUCGUCAUCAGCUUCGGCCUUGGCUGCAGCCGUCUCGUCGUCGACACCCGCUGCCUCCGCAUCAGCGUCGAGCCCGCUGGUUCGUUGA